CCCCACUGUGCUAGGUCCCUUCUAGGCGUCUCCGAGCUGGAAGUCAGCCCCGGGGCGGUGGGGCCCAGCCAGGAAAGCGUUAACCUUCCCUGCAAUGCUGCAUCCCAGCUCACGGUGGAGCUGCCUUCCUCUCUUCCACCCCCAACUUCCAAUUCACUCCAAACAACUCCGGGACAGAAUUGCAGGGAAAAGCUGGAGGCUCAGACUAGACUUGUUGAUCUCCGUUCCGAGGCAGCAGAAGGAAGCACCGAAGCUUUCCUUUGUGUCUGCACCGAGAGAGAGCCUGGGGGGGGCGGGGGCAGAUGCGGUUUCGGCGUUGACUGUAGGCAGGAGUGAGGAGCCGCCGCCGAGGGAAGGCCUUGGAAGGCUUCCUUGCGAAGGAUCCGAUUUACCUCGUUUCCCUUCCCCUCCCCCCGGGCUCCGCGGACAGCCGGGAGCGCUGCCGCCAUCCCUCCUCCUUGAGGCUGCCCGCGGGGGGAUGCGAGCGGGGCCGCCGCUGCUGCCCGCCCCGCCGCAGGAUGUAGCCACCCUCGGCCCCGCACAGCCCCGCACCGCCUCGCUGGGAGCCCGCAGGAGGAGCUCUGGGGCAUGGAGGGGAAGGAGAGGUGAGGAGAGCCGGUCCCCGCGCACCCUGCCCCACGCCGCACCUUGGAGCGUCCAGCCUGAGGGGGACCAGAGAUGCCUCUGGGGAUGAAUAAGCAUGGAUCUCGCUCUACUACCUCUUUGCCUCCGGACCCCACCGAGAUCGUCAGGAGCAAGGCCUGCUCCCGAAGGGUCAAGCUCAACGUGGGGGGGCUGGCCCACGAGGUUCUCUGGCGGACCUUGGACAGGUUGCCGCGGACCAGGCUGGGUAAGCUCAGAGACUGCAACACACACGACUCCCUUAUGGAGAUCUGUGAUGACUACAACCUGGAAGAGAAUGAGUACUUCUUUGACAGGCAUCCCGGGGCAUUCACCUCAAUCUUGAACUUCUACCGUACUGGCAAGCUGCACAUGAUGGAGGAGAUGUGCGCCUUGUCCUUCAGCCAGGAGCUGGACUACUGGGGGGUGGAUGAGAUCUACCUGGAGUCCUGCUGCCAGGCCCGCUACCACCAGAAAAAGGAGCAGAUGAAUGAGGAGCUGAAGAGAGAAGCCGAGACACUGAGGGAAAGGGAAGGGGAGGAAUUUGAUAACACUUGCUGUGCUGACAAAAGGAAAAAGCUCUGGGAUCUCCUGGAGAAGCCCAACUCCUCCGUAGCGGCCAAGAUUUUGGCAAUCAUUUCCAUCAUGUUUAUUGUACUAUCUACAAUUGCCUUGUCCCUUAACACACUUCCUGAACUACAAGGCAUGGAUGAAUUUGGGCAGACCACAGAUAAUCCCCAACUUGCCCACGUGGAAGCAGUGUGCAUUGCAUGGUUUACAAUGGAAUACCUCUUGCGGUUCCUAUCGUCGCCUAAGAAAUGGAAGUUUUUCAAAGGCCCGCUGAAUGCAAUUGAUUUGCUAGCUAUCUUACCGUACUAUGUCACUAUCUUCCUCACAGAAUCCAAUAAAAGUGUACUUCAGUUCCAAAAUGUACGACGAGUAGUCCAAAUAUUUCGGAUUAUGAGGAUACUCCGGAUUCUAAAGCUUGCUCGGCACUCAACAGGUUUACAGUCCUUGGGGUUUACGCUGAGGAGGAGUUACAAUGAGCUUGGAUUACUCAUCCUGUUUUUGGCCAUGGGCAUUAUGAUCUUUUCCAGUUUAGUGUUCUUUGCAGAAAAGGAUGAGGAUGAUACAAAAUUCAAGAGCAUCCCAGCUUCUUUCUGGUGGGCAACAAUCACCAUGACAACAGUAGGCUAUGGAGACAUCUACCCCAAAACACUUUUAGGUAAAAUAGUAGGAGGACUGUGUUGUAUCGCUGGAGUGCUGGUGAUCGCUCUUCCCAUCCCAAUUAUUGUCAAUAACUUCUCUGAGUUCUACAAAGAGCAGAAGAGGCAGGAGAAAGCCAUUAAGCGCAGGGAAGCUCUUGAAAGAGCAAAAAGGAACGGCAGUAUUGUUUCCAUGAACAUGAAGGAUGCAUUUGCCCGUAGUAUAGAACUCAUGGACAUCGUGGUCGAAAAGAAUGGAGAAAGCAUAGCCAAAAAGGAUAAAGUUCAGGACAAUCAUUUAUCUCCCAGCAAAUGGAAAUGGACCAAGAGAACACUCUCUGAAACUAGCUCUAGUAAAUCUUUUGAAACUAAGGAACAAGGGUCUCCAGAAAAAGCCAGGUCAUCUUCAAGUCCCCAGCAUCUGAAUGUCCAACAGCUAGAGGACAUGUAUAACAAAAUGGCAAAGACGCAGUCCCAGCCAAACCUUAAUACAAAGGACUCGAGUCAACCUGGAAAGCAAAAGGAAGAGCUAGAAAUGGAAACCCUUCCUGGCCCUAUGGUGCCCUUGCUGACGACUCGCACUGAUGGGAUCAUUGACAUGAGGAGCAUGUCCAGCAUCGACAGCUUCAUAAGCUGUGCAGCAGAGUUCCCUGACUCCGGACGGUUUUCCCACAGCCCGCUCGCUACCAUUCCCUGCAAAGGUGGCAUUAACAUGAUUCAGGAGCAGAGCAGGCCAGAGGGGAGCGGUGCCAGAUAUGUGGACAUGAACCCGAGCUCCGAAGGCAGCCACCGUUCUGCUUUCUUCAUAGAGAGUCCCAAAAGCUCGGUAAAGGCCAGUAACCCUUUAAAACUAAGAUCUCUGAAAGUCAACUUUAUGGAAGAGGACACCAGCACAUUAGUACCAGCAUCAAAUGUACUGAGAAUAUAUUCAGACCCCCUUAAGAGCCGGGGAGCUGCUGCUGCUGGCACAGAUACUUCCUUGCUCUCUGACAGGUCUCUCAUGAGCCCAGAACCCUCCAUCUACACAACCGCGAGUGCGAGAACACCCCCAAAGUCACCAGAGAUGCAGUCAGCCAUAGCUUUCAACUUCCAUGAUGCUGGUAUACACAAAUACAUAGAUGCUGACACUGAUGAUGAAGGUCAGCUGCUUUAUGAUUCAAGUCCACCCAGAAAUGUGAGUCCCAAGUACAAUGUUACAAACAGUGGCUAUCUAAAGCAAAAAGACAAUGUUUAUAGAACAGACAAGAACCAUCUAGAAGCUGCUGCUUUACCCACCUCCCCUAAGCUGAUAGGGCAAAACUGCAUUUACUCUAUGGAAGGUAUCACUGGAAGAACCCAGGGCAAUCAGGAGACUGUCAGACUAGAAAAUCACAUUUCCCCAGAAGUCCAUGUGUUACCAGGCAGUGGAGGACAUGCUAACACACAUGAUCAAAGCAUCUGAGAUGGGCUCCAAAAGAACUAACUGAAAGUUUAAAGGAAUGUCUUUAAAGUCAACACAAAAAAAAAAGAGCUUCUGCAUGGCAUGAACUUGGCUGAAACAAGCUACCUGUUUCUAAAAGUCUGGGGGAGGUCCAGUGUGGGUUUGUGAAAAUGUCCUUCUCUGAAACAACUCUAAAGACGUUGCCCACAUCAGUCAAAAGUAAGGAUUGCAAAUCAUGAUCACACAUUGAUCUCCUUUCAUGUUGUCCAGUGAAGCCAAUGUGACCAAAUAUCCAUCCAUUCCCCUUGAACACUAGAGCUCCUUUUGGAAAUAUUAAUAUCUGAUUUGCAUUAGUUCCAUAAAGGAUGCCAAGGCAGCCAGAUUUGAACUCUGGAAUAAAUUGCUGGGGUUGGUAUAAAGCUAUCAAAAACACAAUGCUCACUGCUUCAGGGCAGCUGUUCCCCAUCUACAUCUUUCUCUGAUGGAUAUUAUGUCUAAGGGUAACAGGGAACACUUGCAGUAUUGGAAAAUCUAAGUGAAAACCACUUAAAACAAAUAACAGUCUAGAGAAACCAAUUAUUAAAAUGCUCUGUGUGUGUUUAAACAAUAUGAUAUCCUGUAGGACCUGACGUUUUCUUUUGAAGUAUCAGCAGGGUGAGUUGCACCACUUGUACCUAAUUCCAAACAUCCCCUAGAACAUAGUGAAACUUGCACUUACCCUCUGCUAGAGAUCGAUACCUGCCCCAGGGCCAGCGCGUGGCCCGCGGGGGGACCCACAGCCCACGCUGGGAAGGUGUAAAGGAGCCAUGCAGAAGCAGGACUCUCCGGAGGCAUCGCAGCCAGACUCCCUUCCCGGUGCCGGGGAGCAUGGGGCUGGAAGGAGAGCUCCGCUCUCGCCUUGCCCUUCCGUGGUGGGGAGAUGCUCGCUGCCCUGCCCCACGGGGACGUGCCGGGGGUACCGGGGUGGCUCCCAGGCCUCCCCUUCCCACCGGCACGCUGACUCCAGGUCAGCCAAAGUCUCGCCCUUGGCGUAGGAGAGGAACCAGUCGGUUUGAAGCUUUUUGCGCCCGAGCGGCGCAGUGAAAGAUAUGCAAGUGUAACAUAAAUAUGCAAAUAGAGGGAUUCGUUAGCGACCCGCCCCGGGCCUGGCUGUGCUCUCUCUCGUGAGGAUGUCGGGCAGGAGAGGCUCCUGUGAAGCUGUAGCACGAAGCAGCUGCGAGAGACAGGAGACUCAGGCCUGAUGUUUUAAUAACAUCCAGUCAUUUUUAAAUGAAACAAGAAAAGAAAAAAAAAAAAAGAAAAAGAAAAAAAAAAGGGAUCUGACCAUUUUAAAUGAACAGAACUAGCAGCCACCAGCCUAGGUUUUUAAAAUCUUAUUGUUUCAAUAAAGUUAUGUCAAAUUGUGUAGGAAAUAAUUUGUCUUUGGUUUUUAAUCUCGGGAGGGGGGGAAAAGCACUUUACGUUGACUUUCUGUUGUUGUUGUUGCGAUGCUGGAGUAGGAUAGCAGAGUGUAACAAUCAAGCACUUUAACCAAGCACUACUUUAAUUUGUGCCUCCUGUUGUGACCGUGAUUUGUUACACGCCUGUAGCAAGUCACAACCUGUCCUGUGAUAACUGUGAUGGUAAUCCUUUAUGUUGUUCUCUGUUUCUACUGUAAAAACUCAAUUGUAAAUAACUCUGUCAAUGAGCGUUUCCUGACCUAUCUCUGAGUACCUGCCGGGGCAUGUAACGAUCUGCACGCAGCAGGUCCAGGGACAUGCUGAGACACGGGACGUGGGAGCAGAGGCGCACAGGCGGGAGGAAGACCCCAAGCCGCUCGAGCCCGCAGCAUUUUGUUCCUACCUAUUGUAAAAACAAAAGCCGUUGGUUAGUCCUGAAUGUAAACGUCUGUCCGUCCUAGCUGUAGAGUACUUCUGUCUGUAAUCCGUAAUAGUGAAUGCAGCAUGUACGGACAAAAGCAAUAAGCACAUAUAUGUUUUAGGAACUAUUAUGGGUUACAGUGAUAGCUUUGUUAGGUCUCUCCUUGGCACAAAACUGUACACACGUUGGCGUUAACUCUGCUCUGCUCAGCCGACCCCAUCCCCGGGUGGUGGGACACAGCCCGAGGUACCCGCUCAGAUGUCACCCUUGUGUCGCAGCAAGGCGAGACCCUGGGGAAGGCACAGUAAGACCUGAGCCACCACCUCAGGAAUUAGCCUGCUAGCAGAGAAAGAGACCUCGUGCCAUGCCAAGAGUGACACGGGAGGCACUCAAAGUGAGUCCAAGGCACCUAUGUGUGCAAGUGAUACUCUCCAGAGUAUUUACACAGGGCCAAUUCCUGAGGUUCAUUAACUUUUACUCUGCCUUCCCUCAGCCAACACCACCGUUCCUCUGAGUGGGCUCUUUGCCUGGUGAAGGACUUUAGGAUUUGGCCAUAGUAUAUACAAGUGUACUUAGAGGAACCUGUGUAUUGCUGAGAUAUUAGUUAAGAUCGAGUCAUCACGAAAAAAGUCAAGUGACUUUCCAGCAGAUAAGCUUUAAAUACUGAUUUAUUCUGUGGCUUUCCGAGGCCAUAGAGCAGCAAUGAGAAAUCUUAAAGAGAACAGUCUUAACAUAAUCUCUAUGUUUCAGUGAUCAUUCAUGUCUGCCAUCAGCACAAAUGUAAAAAGAGGAAAAAUCAGGGAAAAAUUUUUUGAUAAAGUAAGUAAUAGUGAAUUCCAAGUUAAAUAUUUUUAGAGCUGAUGCUUUCACAUGGGAAAAAAAAGUCAUAUUUUACAUUUCACAGAAGUGAACGUAUUUAAAUAUAGCCAUAUAGUGUAGUAUCUACCACACUCUCAUCCAAAUUAGUGUAUUUGGUUAUAGAUGGCACUGACAAAAAUGUAUAGAUCAACAAUUCUAUCAUUUUAUAACUGAUAAUCAACUGGUGCAACUCUCCUUGUAACCAAAGGCCCUCUGUCUGCCUUGUGUGAUCACUCAUGACACACACCUUAUAUCAUCUAUUUAGUCCUACCUUUAAAGUAGCAUUUUAUUGAGUCACUUUUGAAAGCCAGAUUCAAAAGUAUCAUUAAAAAUCUACCUUUUAAGUCUGAAUAGCCAAAGUCCUAUAGAUUUCUUAUAGAAAGCAAAUAAUUUAAAAUUAAGCAUAUAAUAUGCUUGAAGAGCAUUUCUUUCUUAUCUGUGUAUGAAGAUGUAGCUCUCAUUUUGUGCCCAGUUAAAAAGGAAGUAUGUUUAAUUUAUUUUAAUGAAAUAAAGUCUGAAUAUGAAGUAUGUAUCUAUAUAUGUGUGUGUGUGCAUAAUACACAUAUAUAUAAUGUAAGCACUGGGAAAUCUACUCUGACAUAAAGCUAUGAUAGACUAAAUCUGUACUCAUUACAAAAGGAAAGGCAGUGCUUUGAAAACAUAACGCUCACCAAAUCCUAUAGACACUAGAAAGACGAUUUCAUUUUAUAGUUUGUUUGACACAUUUCCCAAAGCUCAUAACAGUUGGGGAAAAUAUGCAAUAUCUCUUGCAUUGAGCUAAAGCGUGCAGUUUAAUCACUGAUAUUUGGCAUUCAGGUCUGCGAAUUUACUGUGCAUCAUGUAUCAAGCAAGCUGACAGAGUUUCACCAGCUGCUGCAGAAGACAUCAUAUCUGAAAGGACUAUGUAUGUGUGAUGUCUGCGCUUGCUUGUACCUUACGCCAUCAACAUAGUUUUUAAUACAUAUAUAUAAAUAUAUAUAUAAAUAUACAUAUGCAGAAGGAAUGGGUGCAGUUUUCUUAAACAGGAGGCAAAGAUCCUUUGAGUUUUAGCCUUGAACAUGGGAAAACAGCAGUCACAUUGCAGUAGAUUUCUCAGUGCCUUUUCUUAGAACCUUCACCUAAGCACACUUACAGAACAACAAAAACAAAACAAAAGAGUCUCCUGUGAAAUCCAUGUUUUUCUAAGAGGUUUGGAAGUCAAUAAAGGUAGAAGAAGGAAAAAAAAAAAUAAAGGAGGAAAAGAAAACCCGCGGAACGCACAUUCCCUUCCUGAACAUGCCGUGUGUCAAAUGCCGGGGAAUAUCUGUCUGUGCAAGUCACGCAGAAACACAUCCGAGGCGGUCGGUUUCUUUGGCAACUAUGGCUGUGAUAAACUGUAGCCUUUUCUUCCCUUGCAGCUAAUAAGAUACACAUUUCUAAGGAAAACAUAUUCUCUUCUGUAAAAUUGUAAUGUAUUGUUAAUAUUUGUACCUAUUGUAUAUUUAUGUCUUGACAGAAUUAUGACUGGUACAGUUUAUAGUAAAUAACAAGGGUAUUUAAAUCUCAUCACAAAGACAAGGUUUCUAAAGCCAAGUUCUCUCUCUCUGUCAGUAAGCUCCACAUAAGAUGAUCUCCAACAGUUUUUAACGCCUCAUUUUAAAGUGAAUAGUAGAAUUACUGAAUAAAGUAGCCAAGCAAUGGAGACCGUGUGGCACCGAUGCCCUCCUGUGCAGCUCAGUCAGGAGCGAGAUGGGGAGGUGGGCUUCCCCGGUGACUCCAAAUUAACUCCAACUUCUUCAUGUUUGGUCAGUCACUUCUGCUUACGGUAAUGAGACCGAACAAGUGUUACCUUAGGUUGCUUUAGGAUCACUCACUUGGGGAGAAUAUGGCUUUAAAUAGUUCUUGAAUUAAGUACAGAUGUUCUAGUUACUUCUGUACCUCCUGUUUGCCAUUGUGUUGGCUUUAUAAGUAUCUGAUGUAUGGAAAAGUCAUGUGACUUUCAUGCAUUCCAGAGUAGUCUAUUUUUCUGUUCAGAUUAAAAAAAAAAAAAAAUUAUAUAUAUAUAAAAAUAUAAAUAUAUAUCUGUAUUUUUAGCAAAUUUAUAAUAGGGCAAUCAAGUCAGAUUUCUUCUUUUUGUAUUACAGAAUAAUAUAUUAGAUGCUUUCUUGGUGUCCAUUUACAUAGCUGAUCCCCUAACCUUUCUGUUGUCGCUAUUUCUUUUGUCCUGAAAAACACCUGCAACAUUCCUCCUGGAAGUGCGUCUGCGAAAGGUCACUGAGCUGUCUGAUGUUGUCGUGUUCUCGUGUUUUCCUGUUUGUGGCACUUCGAAAUAACCAGGGACUGGCUAUGGAAACUAGGAUGUUCCUUCUGAGAAACAGAGGGGGCCAGACUCUGCCCUCAGCUAUGGCAGCAUAAAUGCCAGUGAAUGAAUGCCCCUGGCUUCAGUGCUAGCCACAGCCUGGACUUCAGUGUUUUUCCAGAUUUAUGUCGAUUAAGCGGAGAGCAUAAAGAAGAGACGGGGUUUGAAUCUGACUGUCUCAAUAAUUGUGAUGCAGUUGGGAUAAGCAUCAAAAUUCAGGCUCUUAUUGUAAGGCAGUGACCUGAUGAUGCUCAGGCAAAGCUCCCACCUUCGGGGGAGUUUUCCUGAGUUAAAACAGACAGGUCAAGACUUUCAUUUUGCACUGGGCUUUGGAAUUUCUAUUUUCAGUCCCAGACAACAUCAGGAAACAAGAAAACAAAAUUAUGGGGGAAUGAAAAACCUGGAUGUAAACGUUCAGAAAGGGACUGGAUUUGGAUUUGGUUGUGGUAAAGUCUGUCCAUGUAUCUGCUUACUGAACGAUCUUUCUUGCUCCUUUAUAGCUGUACCAUCACAUACAUUGAAUAAAAAGCCCAUGAGAUAAA